AUGCCGUGGACACAAUUUUGUAAUGCAUACUUUGACUAUCUUACCAGAAACGUUGAACUCAAGCUUAUGUUCACCGUCCACCAGUACAAUUCACCGUUAACCAGUUCAGCAUCAACCAGUUCAGCAUCAACCAGAUCAGCAUCAACCAGUUCAACAUCAACUAGUUCGAAUCCAAACGUGGGAAAUUCGUCCACCAGGAACAGUGGUAAGAGUAGUAAGAGCGCGGUAAAAUCAUUCAGUGAAUACAAAAAGUUGAAAGGAAGUGAAUGGUUUAAUAAGUUAAAGUCAAAGAAAACGAAAAAGCAGAAGAAGUGGUUAUUUUCAUUGGACUGAUUCAAUGGAGAGAAAAGCACGCAAAUUAGUAGCUGCUCGAGGUAAAAGAGUGGCUCUCAGAAUAUCGAAUAAAGCACCAUAUACAGAUGUACUAUCGAAAGGAAUUGAGAAGUGGAAGGCAUAUCAUAGCAACGAAUUCGAUGAAGAUGAAGAAUACUCUCUAGUUUACCAAGAUGGCCAGGAAGCUCUUUUUUUCCGGGAACGAAGGAGUUUUUUACUGCAAAGAGAUACAAGGAGGAGAGUGGGAAAGAUUAUAAAAUAAUUACUUUGUAUCUCUGCAGUAAUUAUGAUCUUAAGAAAAAUGAAGACUUUGACCACGAAUCCGAAACCGAAGAUGAGUUUUUAGAACCCGCAGAAAAGAAGUCUAAAUCUCAAGUCGAGCAAGAUGAAAUUAUUGCCAGAGAACUACAAUCUGAAUUUAAUAAUGAAUGUAAUGAUACCAUUAAUAUCGCAUACGAGAACGAAGAUGCGUGUCAAUUGCUACAGAGUGAACGAGGUAUUGGUGCAACUGGCUGA